AUGGAUUUGCUUUCCCAUUUUCUAGCUAUUGUAGGCAUUUUAGCUUUAGUUGUCACCUAUGGUUUAACGAGAGGUAAAGGGAAUAGUUGUGAUAGUAAGCGUAUUGAAGCCCCUGAAGUAGCCGGGGCAUGGCCUUUUAUCGGUCACCUCCAUCUUCUAGGGGGCAAAGUGCACGUUGUGCGGCUACUCGGCGCCCUGGCCGACAAAUAUGGUCCAAUUUACACACUCCGGCUCGGUUCUCGCCAAGCACUUGUGGUGAGUAGUUGGGAGAUGAUCAAAGAGUGCUUCACUACAAAUGACAUAGUUUUUGCAUCACGACCAACUAUGGCAGUAGGGAAGUGCUUCUAUGACUAUGCUGUUUUUGCACUAGCGCCUUACGGACCAUAUUGGCGUGAUGUUCGCAAAAUGGUCACUCUAGAGCUCUUAACGAACCACCGGCUAGAGAAGUUUAAGCAUGUCCGAGCAUCAGAAGUGGACUACACCAUUAAAGAUCUCUACCUUUUGUGCACAAGAAAUGCGAGUCUUCAAACCAAGGUGGCCAUAGACAAAUCGUUGAAGGACUUGACCAUGAACAUAAGUAUCAGACUACUAGCUGGGAAACGAUUUUCAGCUAGCAGUGAUGGGAAGAACAAGAACGAUACUGAAGAUUUGCAUCUCAAAGAAUCCAUAGAGAAAGCGUUGUAUCAUAGUGGUGUUUUCGUGGCGUCCGAUUUCAUCCCAAGUCUUGAGUGGAUGGAUAUUGGAGGGCAUGUCAAGGCUAUGAAGAAGGUUGUUAAGGAAAUUGACAAAGUCACUGGAAAAUGGCUGGAAGAACAUAUUCAGAGGAGAAAAGAAUGUGAUCAGACUAAUGGAGAUGGUGACUUCAUGGAUGUCAUGUUGUCUACCCUUCCAGAGGAUGCCACAAUGUCUGGCCACAAACGUGAUAUCAUCAUCAAGGCAACAACCCUGAUUCUUAUAAUGACUGGCUCGGAAAGUACAGCUGACACACUAAUAUGGGCUGUCUCUUUACUAUUGAGCAACCGCCAGAUGUUGAAAACUGCCCAAGAUGAGCUGGACGACCGAAUAGGCAAAGACAGAUGGGUGGAAGAAUCAGACAUCAAAGACCUAACAUACCUACAAGCCGUAGUGAAGGAAACACUCCGUUUGUACCCACCAGGUCCCUUGGCCGGACCUCGUGAGGCCAGUGAAGACUGUUACAUAGGUGGCUACUACGNGGUGGAAGAAUCAGACAUCAAAGACCUAACAUACCUACAAGCCGUAGUGAAGGAAACACUCCGUUUGUACCCUCCAGGUCCCUUGUCCGGACCUCGUGAGGCGANACCUACAAGCCGUAGUGAAGGAAACACUCCGUUUGUACCCACCAGCUCCGGUAGAAGAAUGUGCCCUGCGGUCACGUUUGGGUUGCAAGUGGUUCAACUGACCCUCGCUCGUCUGCUUCAUGGGUUUGAUAUAUCAACACCAAUGGGCAUGCCGGUGGACAUGUCCGAGGGCUUGGGCCUUGCCUUGCCCAAGGUCGAACCACUCGAAGUCAUCCUCACUCCUCGGCUUCCUUUGGAGCUCUAUCAAAAUCUCUGA